AUCCCCCGUGAGCGCUGCUGCGCUCCUAUAGAGGUCGGCAGCGGUAGCCUACUGCUGGGAGUGGGUGCAAGAGAACAACGGGGGAGGCUAGAGGGGUUGGGUGCUCUAAAAAGGGGGGCAGCACCAGUGUCUAUUUUCCAUGCGGGGUGCACCCUGGGGUAGGGGAUGUGUGCAUCCAUCUCCUGUCUUUGCCUCCGACUUUUAGCGCCGGGGGCUGCCGGGGUCUGAUUUUUUCCCUCUUGGCUGCAGUGUUCGCACUGCUGCUGUAGCGGCACCAGCAGGAUGUUGGAGUAGGACAAAGGCUGCUGAUCACAGUGUGUGAGGCAAAGAGGAGGCAGCCAGCGAAGCAGUUACUAAAUCCCUGUCUUCCACACCUUUGGAUGGGAAGAAUGAGGAUGGAAGAGCAGUGGUGGAAAGGGGAGCUGGCAGCAGACAUUCAUCAAACUCUGAGAAUGAAGGAACUGAAACUGCCUGUCUAUAAGGCCCAUUCACCACAGAUCGGGAUGCGCCGCUACUUUACUGACCUCUUGACUGUCCUCAGCAGCCGCUGCAAUCUCUGCCCUACGGCACGGCACCUUGCUGUCUACUUACUGGACCUCUUUAUGGAUCACUACGAUAUUACUGUCAAGCAACUGCAUGUCAUUUCGAUUGCCUGUCUUCUCCUAGCAAGCAAAUUUGAAGAAAAGGAGGAUCGUGUUCCAAAGCUGGAGCAGUUAAAUAACUUGGCUUACAUGUGCAACGUGAAUGUGGUGCUAAAUAAAAAAGACCUGCUCAAGAUGGAACUACUACUCUUGGAAAACUUCAACUGGAAUCUCUGCCUGCCGACUCCAGCACACUAUAUUGACUACUACCUCUUCGCCUCUGUUGGCGAGAAGGACCUUCACAAUGGCUGGCCCAUCACAUCCCUGACCAAGGUCAAAGCUUUCAUGGAGAAAUAUGCUUACUACUUCCUUGAUUUCUCAGUGCAAGAUUAUGCUUUCCUCAACUUUCGACCAUCUCUGAUUGCUGCUGCUUGUGUGUGCGCCUCACGCAUCUGUAUGCAGAUUUCUCCCUCUUGGACUACACAGCUCCAGCUGCUAACGUGUUAUUCCUGGGAGCAUCUUGCCCAGUGUAUCGAAAUGAUGCUAAUAUACUAUGAGAAUGAUGUCAAAGAAGCCAGCAAGGUAAAAAAACAAAUAACACUGCAGCAGCAAGUAGUGGGAAGUGUGAACCACCAAACCACAACUCAGGUCCUCUUUCAGCAAUCCAGUUAUCACCCACUAGCCCAGCACUCAACUGCCCUUUCCCAGUUCCAGUCUCCAGUGCAGGAUUUGUGCUCUGCUUACCGUGACUCCUUGCAGGCCCACAGGCCCAGCAGUCUACUCUCUGGGAGUGCUAGCACCUCACUGCAUUCUUACUCUGCUCUGCAGGCCAGCCUUCAACCUUCUGUGCAGACUCUGCCCAUCCAAGGACCUAUCACCAUGCAGGUAGCUAUAGCAACAGAACCUAGACACUGCAUCUCCAUGGCCUAUGGCAGCAGCUAUUUCAGUGGACAUCACACCUACACACCCAGGUGUUUUGACAGAUGACUCUCUAGAAAAAUAGUGAUGUGAGUAAAGUCUGAAUAAAGGGCCCCAUGGGAUGUGAGCCAAUUGUGUAUUUGCAGCGAAAAACACACAAAGGAGCAGAAUCUUUACAACUAGUUGAUUCCGAAGACGUUUGCUCUUCAGACUCUUUUUAAUGUGGGUGCCAUUCCUGCAAGGAUUGGGGUGUUUUCUUUUAAUGAGACUGAGAAAACCAGAAAUGCAAUAACAUACAUCACUUUAGGUUGUCACUUUGAAAAGCAUCUUGUGUAAGAAGUUACACCCUCUGGGGCUUACUAGCUUAGUCUUCCAUACAGCAGGCCCUAACAAAUCACAAAUGCUAACGCUUGUGAUUUAAAGGGUUAUUUCAAGCAGGAAUGCCUGAGGGACUUCUGGUCAAAUAACAUUCUUGUUGGAGGAUAUUUAUCCAAAGCGCUCUCUGACAGCAGCUUAUUCCACUGGAAACUACCACUAAAAAUGAUGAUACAGAAGCUUCUUGAUGCUAUCUGGAUGAACAAUCCCAGGCUGUGGAAAAUCUCUCUGUAAAAUGUUGCUUUCCCUUUCCUUGACCUGGAGUGAAAGCAACCCAGACGAUCCACAAAUCCUCUUUGCCUUAAAAGUCCUCUUGGAUUUGGGUGCUAUGCCACUGAACAAAACCUCUCUCUGCCUUCAUGUAAAAAAACCUCAAUCUUAAAUCACCUUUAGGGUUUUUAAGAUGCUGCUGCCUUAUGUGACUGGAUAUAAUUUGUUUAGUAAAAAUGUUUACAAGCUACAUCAGGGAUCUAAUAUUACUUGAAGAAAACCCCUUGGAAGAAAAUUAUUAUAUAUACGCUGAAGGGGUUCACUGCCUUCAGUUAUUUUUGGGGAUUAAUGUCUUGUGGUCAAAGUGAAGUUUAGGACUGAAGAACUUGUACUAAUGAGGAGGAGGUGGAGAAGGGGAACCAGUUAAUUCUGCCAUGAAAAUUAGUAAUGGUUACGCCUUUAUUCUAAGACUGCAAUGUUAGGCUGCACAGAACUUUGGUCUUUAAAUUCCAUCUUGGAGCAUUAUAGUAAAACUGGGUUAAGGGUAUUAGUAAUUUAACUGAAAUGAGAAUACCUGCUACCAUGUAUCCAAAGGGUUAUGUGUUUAAAAUCCAUUUUGAGAUGGAACUUCCUGUGUUUGGUCAAAAAUUAUAUGUAGGAUUUGUGUAGUAAUGUGGAUAGUUACAAGUAACAUGGAGACUUUUACCUGGGUGUAGAACACUCACUCGCUAUGCAACCACUAUUCCAUAGUUGCUGGAAGCCAGUAUUGUUUUUUUAAAGGUUCUCAGGACAGCAGUCUAGACAAUGUGCAAUAUGCUUUUACUCUUUGUGGCAAAUGCUGUGUUUUGUUUUUUUUUAAAUAUCAUGUUAGGCAGUGCUGUUUAAGUUAUAUUUUAGAGAAUUUAGUUUUUAAGGGAUGUGUUGGGGUGGUGGGAAAUCUCUCUCAAAAAUAACCUGUCUGCUAACAUUUGUUUUAACGAUGAGGGUCUCCUUAAAAAUAUCGCAUAUUGUAAUUUUGUGUCACACAUUAAGAUGACCGUGUCCUUAGCAGAACAGGCUAGGAAAGUUUAAAAUCUAUUUCAUUUUUUUUUAAACUACAAAUCCUAACAAAAAUGAAGAGACAAUGCCUUACAGAAAUUAGUUUAGCAAUUUAGAGAAUUUAGUUCCCUUUUUUUAUUCUGUUGUUUGUGUAUUUAUAUGGAACUUAUUUCCACAAGGUUUUAGUGUAUCUUUUAAUGACUGUUAUAGUCAUUCAGCAAUUCAGCAGAUUGUAAAGAACCUCUUAAACAUUUGGGGAAUGUUGUGGUACUAGGGCAUGUCUGACUGUGUGGAAUCCAUGUGUUUUUUCUUAACUUCUAUAGAACAGGUCAUGUGAAGUCUUGUGUUUGGCAGUCUGCAGUCACUCUUUAGUGACGAUUUCCACUGCUAGUUUGAUGAAGAUUGUCCAAUAAACAAAAGACCUGCAUCUGA